AUGGACAGCUCACGUCAUUCGUUGGAUCGAGAUCAGCAGCCUCUACUCCAGGGCGACGCUGCUGAGCUCGACAAUCGCUUCGCCAUCGAUGAAAGCUUGGCGGAAGAACAACCUGCUAUCGACUCAUCUUCGUCAAAGUACCCGCCUCUCCCACCUUCGUACGACGACACCAUCCGCGUCUCUGGUCGCUCGCAGUCAAGAUGGAACCCCGCCACCUGGUUCUCCGUCUCGCGCACCACAAAGGAGCACAUCCAAGCUUGCUUUCCUCGCACCAGCACCGGUGAACUUUUGACCUUCUCCACCGCUGCCUCUGGCUGCUAUAAGGGCGCAAUGCGCUGCUGGCCUUCCAAUCGAUUUGCACAGGCUAGCUUCUUCAUCGUCGGUCUCUGGAUUUUGGUGCUCUUCACCGGCCCUUCGCUCACUCAAUCCGCCAGCGACAGUAUCGGCGCUGGGCUUCAUCAGGACUGGGACUACUCUCAUAUCCCCGACACAAAGCCUGCACCCCUCCACGAAGAUGGCCACAUCGUCCAAGAGGCAACGUGGCAGUGGCACAAUUGUGCUUCCAUCAAGGGUACCAACCGUGUCCAGUGCACUGAGUCUUCGAGCUUCCUCCUGAACCCCAAUAAAGCCAAGGACAGCUUCGCUUCCACUGAGUCCAUCUUUGUCGACAUCGAUCCCCUCCGAGAUGAUCGACCUCACCCCGCUGGCAGCGUCCCUGGCACCGUCACCGUGGUGCAUCAGACCGACGACGUCCCAGCUGCAGAGAAGGAUCUCGUCAAAGUCGAGAUCACCGCUCGCUACGACCAAGCGUACAAGAAACUCUUUGAAACAAGUCUGGUUGCAAAGAUGAAGCGAGGCCUCUACGAUGAGGGUGUCGAGAUCUUGACAUAUGCUAAGGCUGUCUCCACCGACCAAAGUCCACUCAUCUAUGAUGUCAAGGUCAUCAUCCCGCCCCACGUCAACAUCCCCACUCUUUCGGUAGAUGCAGGUGCAUCCGACAUUGAUCUCUUCCAGGCUCCGUCUCCCUCCAAGAAAUCUCUUGGUGCUCGAACUCUGGCUUCACGCGAGGCUCCGUCCAGGCCUGACUUCUACUUUGGAAAGCUGCAUGCGCGCACCCAGGUGGGCAAGCUGCGUUCCGCAUCCAUCCGCGCUCUGGCCGACAUCCAUCUUACCACCACCAACGGCAAGCUUCACAUUGGCGGAUCCUUCGAGGCUCAAUCCUUGGAGUUCAAGACGGUCAACGGCCACCUGGACAUCGACCAAGAUUCGAAGCUCGAGGCCGCCUACGGCCUCACCCUUCAGACGCAGAAUGGCCAUAUUCGCAUUGGACAGCACACCAGCCUCCGCGCCACCACUCUGCGUUCUGAGUCACUCAAUGGAGGCAUCAUCGCCGAGAGCGCCAUCUACAACGUCAACCACACUCUCACCUUGAGGUCCCAAACUGGCAGGAUUGAAGCAGCAGUCAACGUCGAGAAGGCCGAUCUCGCCAGGCUGGAUGCACCUGGUCUCGAAAAGACCGAACUCAUCACAGUCGACUCACAGUCUCAGACUGGUUCCAUCCAAGUCGACUUUGUGGGACACGAACGUGACGUUGCGCUUCGCUGUCAUGCCUCAAGCGAGGUGGCAUCUGUCGCCGUCUCGUUGCAUCCCGAGUUCCAGGGCAAAUGGGAGCUGCGAGGUGCCACCCAUUCGCGUUACCGAGGACCCGGUUCAACGGACGGCGACAAGACCGAUCGUGGUGUCCACCGCUUCGUUGUGGACGAAGACAGCUUUGGCUGGAUCAAUCGCCUCACCAAAGGACGUACAUGGUGGGACUUGCCCGAUCAACCCAGCGGUCUACCCAAGAAGGCCGAGGCUACAAUUGCUACGCAGGUCGGCCUAGCUCUUCUCACUUUCAAGUAG